GUUUGUUAAAGCGACAGGCCCUAAGGCGCGCCGGGGCUCCACCGGGCACCGCACAGCGGCCGCUGGGGCCCUCGGCGUGCGGCUGGCGCCCGUGACAUCGGCGCCACUCUGCUCGCGACCCCGGCUCCGGGCCGCUGCCGACCUCCUUGGCGCGGCCGUGUCGUCCGGCAGGAUGGGCGGCGAGGCGGGGUCCGCGGCGGUGAUGGGUUCCGAGGGCCGUGUGAAGAGCCUGGGUCUGGUGUUCGAGGACGAGCGCAAGAGCUGCUAUUCGAGCGGCGAGACGGUGGCAGGGCACGUGCUGCUGGAGGUGGCCGAACCGGUGACCCUGCGCGCGCUGCGCCUGGAGGCUCACGGCCGCGCCACGGCCGCCUGGGGCCCGAUCGCGGGCACCGCGGCCCCGGCUGCCUCCUCGGAGGUGGAGUACCUGAACGUGCGCCUGAGCCUGCGCGAGCCCCCGGCUGGUGAAGGCAUCCUCUUACUACAGCCUGGAAAGCAUGAAUUCCCAUUCAGCUUUCAACUUCCAUCUGAGCCUUUGGUGACAUCUUUCACCGGGAAAUACGGAAGCAUUCAGUACUGCGUGAGGGCGAUUUUGGAACGACCCAAGGUGCCCGAUCAGAGUGUCAAGCGGGAACUCCAGGUGAUCAGUCGCAUUGAUGUCAACACACCAGCAUUACUAACCCCUGUAUUGAAAACUCAAGAGAAAAUGGUUGGCUGUUGGUUUUUCACUUCUGGUCCAGUCUCACUGAGUGCCAAAAUCGAAAGAAAGGGCUACUGUAAUGGAGAAGCUAUUCCAAUCUAUGCAGAAAUAGAGAAUUGUUCCUCCCGUCUGAUCGUUCCCAAAGCUGCCAUUUUCCAAACCCAGACGUAUUUGGCCAGUGGGAAAACAAAGACCGUGCGGCACAUGGUCGCCAACGUGCGAGGAAACCACAUCGCUUCCGGGAGCACCGACACGUGGAACGGGAAGACUCUCAAGAUCCCGCCCGUGACGCCGUCCAUCCUGGACUGCUGCAUCAUCCGGGUGGACUACUCCUUAGCUGUGUAUAUUCACAUUCCCGGUGCUAAAAAGUUAAUGCUUGAGCUGCCCUUAGUGAUUGGCACGAUUCCAUAUAACGGUUUUGGCAGCAGAAACUCCAGCACUGCCAGCCAGUUCAUUAUGGACAUGAGCUGGUUGACACUGACUCUGCCAGAGCAGCCCGAAGCUCCACCAAACUAUGCAGACGUGGUGUCAGAGGAAGAAUUCUCUAGACACGUGCCUCCUUACCCUCAGCCCCCGAACCGCGAGGGCGAGUCAUGCUGUCCCAUGUUUGCCUGCAUUCAGGAAUUCCGGUUUCAGCCUCCGCCUCUUUAUUCAGAGGUGGAUCCACAUCCUGGCGACGUAGAAGAGACCCAGCCCGUCUCCUUCAUCCUCUGAACAUGUUUCAGAAGUCACUGUGUUCAUCGUCAAGUUAGAAUGUUGGUUCCUUCCCCCUGCCUUUUUGGGGAAGGGGGAGGGAAGAUUAGCUUAAGAACAUAAACGAACGUCAGGACUGAAGGUGGUAGAAAUUAAAGACUGCGUGAACUUCCCAGUGGGCUGACGGGAGUGUUGCACAAGUUUGUGAUGUGGUGACGUGUCCCCUUGGAACAGCGGGAUGAAAAUGGGAAAAGUCGCAGAGUGUAAUGGACGUCCUGAUGGUGGCAGAGUAAGUGAAGGGGCGCCCGUGCUGACCCCAAGGGAAAGGUGUCUGUACACAGUGGGAGCACCAUGCGAGCCUGUCCUUACAGAGGUUUCUCAGAGCGGAAGACAAGUGUCCUGAGCUUUAAGGCAACGUGGACUCACUGGGAGAGACUUGACUUUGGAGAAUGUAUGAGCAGAAGGGUGGGUGUGAAGAGGGAAACGGCCCACUCUCAGUACCAAGUGAGACCCUCUGACAGCAGGGUCUUCGUGAUUUCUUACCACAUCCCAUGGGACUGAAGUCCUGAAAAGAAUCCUUUUCUGAGAUCAUGGUCUUAUGAGGUCCUAAUGAAGCAGUAGUUUUCACUCUUUCAGUAGUAGUUUAAAAUGUAGUUUAUAGGUUGGCUCUACAGUAUUAUGAAACCAAGAAGGAGUUCUUUGAAAGGCUUGUCAGUUCAAAGGGGAAAGGUGAAUUUCAAUAUGAAAACCCACUUUGUUGCAGGUUGCACUUUUUACCCUCUUUAAGUACUUGAGCAGGGUACGUGUUUGAUUUUCCUCGUGUCUUAUUUACCUAGAAAAAGAAGGGAUUAAAAAAAAAAAGAAAGCUUGCAUCCUUAAGAUGCCUUGAUAACUGCACAGGAGAAAAAGAAAAGAAAAAAAAAGGCCUUUUCUUACCUACCUCUAGUGGGGUUGUCAGAAUCAGAUACGUUUUAAAACUCUAGGCCUGGUACAUCUCCUUGGAGUUUCUGCUGAUUUGUAGUCGCAGCCUCAUCUUACGCAUCACUAACUCUGAAACUGGACCAAGGGCGAAAUCUACACAGUCAGCAUUAGGUGAAAGUAUCUGCAUACUGAAGGGUAUUUCAAAAUAAAUGCAAAAUCAAGAAGGUUAGAAACACCAUUUUGCAAAAGUCAGAAACCUAAUUUCCGUCGAGAGACUCAGGUCUCCCGACGGCAGUCACCGCAUUACACACUGUUAUCCCAGUUCGUCCGUAAUUCUAUUUAAACUGUGAUUUUCUGCAUUGUUUUGGUGCAAUAUUUUGUUAUCAUUUAACCUCAGGAUAUUCAAACCAACAAGAUUGUGUUGCUGCUAGAAGUCUGAGCAGUGUUCUUACUGUCCACCCUCCCCUUUCAGUUGUUGGAUUUUGCUUUAAUCUGUUGGUUUGGGGGGCUGAGAGCAUUUCUGGACACUAAGUAGAAGGGAGGUUAGGGAUUCCCACAACAGAGUCAGGACCAGUCCGGUACCGCGGUCUUCUCCGCAUCCUAAGGGUUUGAUCUGGAAACCCUGGUGCUUCCCGUGUGAAAUACUGUACUUCAUUCAACCAAAAGAUCAGUUUUCCCGUCAAUCAGUAUAUUCCGUUAGAAAUAUUAAAGUUCUAAGGUUAAAUUUUGUAUUUAAAGAUUAGUUGGCCAUUUGAUCAGGGAUUUUUAUACAAACACUAGGUAAAUGUACGUUUUUCACCCUCCUAGACUUACCUCUCUUCUCUGUAAUCAUGUGAGCAUCCGUCAUAAGCCACUGUUGAAAAUUACUGUUGAAAAUCACAGUGCAAACUGUUAACAGCAAUCAUUGUGGUACUGAAAUUGUCACAAAACUUUAUUCCUUGCUUUGGUUUUUAGUGAUCUUUUAUUUUGCCGUGUCUUUGUGUUUUAGCUAUGGAUGUUUAAGUCUAAGCAGUUUUAUUUUUACUCUAAAGAAGAUCACCUUCAGCUAUUUCUUGUCUAAGUUGUAGUUUACGUGUGUAGUCAAGACAGGGUCCAUCUCCGUGAUGCCAACACAAAGUGAGAGAAACAGAAGAAAACGGUCUGGAGGAAGAGAAUGUUGAAUUAUCUGGCUCUGUGCAGAAAAGCAGCUGCUUCCCAGAAUCCUUCAUCAGGAUUGUGUUUUCACCUUUAUUACUGAAAUCAUGAGGCAUGCCCACCAAAUUAAAGCAAAGCUGGUUUGUAGCACUUAAGAGAACAGCUGAAAGGUAUGAGCUGCCUUAUUGAAUGGAUAUUGGAUAUCUGACCUUACGCAGUAGGUUGAAACUGUAUACCUUUUUGUAGAAGAUUCUACAUUGGAACAGAGAAUUCUUAGGAAAGAAGAUGAAACUUUAGCUGCUGUUACUUGCUUGUUUGUUCUCCUGUUUAGUUUGCAAAGAAACCGUGGCCUUAGAAUUUUCUUUUUGAUGCAAAAAUUUUGAAAUUGAGAAUGUGCACCUUUGGGCACACAAAACCCUUCCAUGGGCAGAACUUUCCUGUUUUUGUUUUGCACAAUCAGAAACUCAAUAGGCAGGGGUUAUGUUUUUGAUAAGUUACCUAUGAAAGCUUUUUAUUUUUAUUAUAAAAAUGUAACACUUUAACCCACAGAGGAAAAAAAAAAUAAAGAUUGUAUUUUGUACUCUUAUCUGAACCCCAUGGGUUCCUUUUGUUAAUAAAAUGAUUACACUCAU